AAGGGAGGGGGGGUUGGGGCUGGGGGGCGAGCUGGGCUCAACAUGAACCUGCCGCUCUGACACUCCGGGCUGGGACAAGCAGGCAGCAGCCGGGCCGGCCGCCCCCCGAGCAGCAGUCGCACAGGGGAACCUGAACACAGGCAGCACUCACCUGGGUGCUGAAGCGCUCAUGGCUGUCGCAUACCGCGCCCUCGCCGAGUCCGGCCUGCUUUCCCAGCAUUACCCCCCGCCCCUGCUACCGAAACCCAGAAAGGACAAUGUUCGUCUUCAGAAGCUUCUCAAGAGAACCGCCAAGAAAAAGGCUUCCUCUCAGGCAUCGCAGCCUGCCACGCUUUUCCGCUCCAGCCUUUCCCCCGUGAAUGAAGCCAGCCCCGACCUCGAGCACAGCGACCACUCCACCCCUCCCAAGACCCCUGAGGCGCCGUUCGGCCUCCACGGUAUCCAGCCACCUCCGCGGUUCAUUGUCAGGCCGCUGUAUCAACACGUGGCGUCGCCUUACCCGCGGCGCACAGCCUUCGGCAGAGGGGCGAGGUUCUCGCCUCAGCCAGUGGGAACGCUGUCACACUCGCAGCACGUCGCUGCGGUGUCCUCGUACUCCACAUCGAAUCGCCUUGCUGGGGAUACAUCAGCUCCGGCGCCCGUUGUAGAGUUGGUGGUGCCCCAAAUAUCUCUCCCUACCUGUUUUACACCCGAGGCAACAGAUAAAGUGAAAAAGCCAGCCUUUAGCAUGUUUGCUGAAACGCAUGUUAGUGUGAGACCGGAAGAAGCCAGAGAAACCCCAAAGACAAAAAGUCCAGGUCUGACUCCACAUUCAGCCACAGGGGGUCAGGCUGUGGUUCGUCCUCUCACUGUGUUGACCCUACACGGCAAAUCCAAAAGUCCACGUCCAACGUUCAAAGCAACCGAGCAUUCAAGAUCACCGAAACCGAUGUUUGAUGUCCCAAAAAUUAGGAUGUACACAGCAAGCACAUCGUACUACGAGUCAUCCAGGACCCCACCGGUGCAUGACACAGCUGGAUUGACUGCUAUCGGCAGCACAGUUCCUCAAAGUAAAACCCCAACAGAAACAAGACAAGAUUGGACUUCAACAUCUGCUAUCAGAAGAAGCACGACACCAACAGCUCAACUUUCUCUAAUUGGCACUGAUCCCCCGAGGAAGACACCAACAUUAGAAAUUAAAAGAGGGACUAAAGUAACAGCAGAUAUCACAGUCAUAACUCAUAAAGCCGAAAUGAAAAGAGCUACACCAACGUCUGGAUCCAAAAGAGCUUCCCCAACAGUUGGAAUCAAAGGAGAUACCCCAACGGUUGAAAGAGUUAAAACACCAACUUCAACAACUUUGCCGGGGCGACCUAAAGCCCCAGCAUACCAAUUGUCUCGCCCCACAACACCUGCCUUUGAAGUCUCCAGACCCAAUCCUCUUUUGUUUGCAGUGUCGCCAAUCACUGUGGAACCAGAGAGGUCAAGAACACCCCACACUGUUCCUGCUAUGGGCAAUAUAUCUGCUUCACAAAGCAUCAAGGCUCUUGAACCUAAACCUACUGAGACAAUACUGAAUGGGGACAUUCAUUCGGAGAUUGCUCCUGCUGUAAAACCAAUCCAACAAAGCAUCACAACGUCCAAAUCAGAGCCUGAUCUGACAAGAGGAACUGCUUCACAUGUCUCUCAAAGGCCUAACACUUCAUCAGCUGAGCCAAAAACACUGGUAGUGCGUCCUCACAGCAAUCAGAGACCCAAGACUCCAACAUACGAAGCAUCCCGACUUAUGACCACGUCACCUGGCUAUAAAAGACCAAGGACACCAACACGCGGGACUUUUGGUGUAUCUCCUGUAGCCUUUCAGAGACCCAAAACCCCGACCCAAGUGACUCAAAAGUCAAAUUCUGGCUAUCGGGGUUUGACCCCCGCUGAAUAUGCUGCUCACGGCGGGAUAAGAACAUACUCUCCGGCAUUUGGUAUCUUCGGAUCCAAGACCCAAACUGAGGAGGAGGGUGCAGCUGCAAAAGAGGAAUCAGCUGAAUGUAAGACAACUAGCCAACAACCAUCUGUGAAGAAACCCAAAGAAACCCCCAAAGAUGUAGAUGAAUCCCACGUAGGAGAUAAAAAGGAUACAAUCACCCCUUCAAUCCCUACUAUUAUUGUUUCACAAGCAUCCGACGCCACACAAACAACGUCAAAACAAAAGACGAGUACGGUAUUCGCAGAGGAACGAGGAAAAACGGUGAUUCCAAAAACAGCAAAGGCUCCAUCUCUGGCAGCAGAGGGGAAAUCUCUUGAGAAAAAGGAAGUAGAAACACAAGUGCGAGAAGUGGCCAAACCGAAGGUGACACCUUCAGAAGCCAAACAUCCAAACAGGGAGGAGAAGGAUCCUCUGAAUGUAGUAAGAAAGCUUUUCGGUAAAGAUAAGGUCCAGGAACUUGGAACUGAGAUGAAAGCUGACAUCUCCAAUAAAAAAGAGCUGGCGAAACCUGUAAACGCAACCAGGGUCGAAGAAGAAAGCUCUGAGCAAAGCACUCAAGUCCUUCCUGCUAAGACGUCUGCGGUUGAGCCAACAGGAAGUAAAGGCAAGGAUACCAAAGCAGAAUCAGCUUCGUUAGUUAAAUCUGCACCUGAGAAAAAGGAAGGCGAUGACUCCUUCUUGGCCAAGCCCCUUCUCAAGGUCAUGCCAAGGCCGGAAGGCGUAAAAUCUAAAUUGAGCGGUUGGUCCCGACUGAAGAAGCACAUGGUCGUGGAACAGGAGGAGCCCAAAUUUCCAGAAAUAAGCUCCCAGAAGGAGACCGCCGGGCCGGAACAGAGCGAGGCGCAAAAAGCCCCCGCCGAGAAGGCCACAGUCGAGCCCGUCACUCCGGACGAGAACCAACCCAAAGACGCUCCUGUGGCGACGAAGAUGUGGGAGGCCGUCCUCUUCCAGAUGUUUUCCACCAAAGAGAAUAUCAUGCACCAGAUCGAGCUGAACAAGAGCGACGAGGAGAAGGACGAGGGCGGCGAGGAGGAGUCGAGAGAGGUACCUUCGUUUGCCCACCGCCUGCCCGUGCUGCUUUUCAGUCCGAGGUUCGACGCCAAGAGGCUGAAGGAGGCGGCGUCGAGGCCGGUGACGAAGAUCUCCACCGUUUUUGAAAUGGGUCUGAUCGGCCGCAAAGUCAAAGACGAGGAACCAAAAGACUUUAAUAGAACAGCGAGGGGGUUCGCCGCUACUUAAGCUAAUAAAAUAUAAAUAUAAUACAUGUGCUGAGUGUAAAAUGUAAUACGUCAUGAUACAUGUUAGGUGUACAGGUUCAGAAGUCCUAGUCUCUGAGGUAAACGAAUGACUUUAUACUUGACAAAUGCUUUGUGUUUGUGUGACUGGUUGUCUGAUGUUGAGUGUUUGGUGUUUAGCUGGAAGAAGAAAAGACAGAGACGGCUUCAUUUGUCUUAAAAGUCAUUCAGACGUCACAUCUGAUUAAAGCGUUUAUGUUUUCAGUAAA